AUGUCGUCACUCGAUAGCCUCCCCUCGGACAUCCUCUAUCUGAUAUGCACGCAUUUAUGCCGCCACUGCCACCCGCCGUCCGUGCUGGCCCUCGUCAACCAAGGCGAAAGCCCCGACGUCGCCUCCUCACAGGCCGCCCUCGUGGCCCUGUGUUCGACGUCGCGCUGUCUCCGCGACGUUGCCCAGACCUUCCUCUGGCACGCGCCCACCAUCCGCGACCACGGCCGCUUCGUCCGCGCCGUCAUGGCCCGUCCCGACCUGGCUCUUCAUACCCGCUACCUGCCCGGCCGACGCUGGCUGGAGACGCCCACUGUCUGUAGAUACCCGGAAGAUCUUGCCCUCUGCAAGCGCGUCGCCCAGAUGCUGUUCCUCGAACUCCCAUUCGACCCCGAUUUCAACGACGCGUGCCGCGGAGACGACGGGGUCGAUUACUUCUUCACGCAGCUCCUCGUUUCACUGCUCCCGCGGGUCGAGAUCUUCUACGUCGACACCCGCUUGGAUAGGGGCAGGGACUACGUUGACUGGCACCGCGCCAACUUUUACAACCUCGAGUGGCGCUUCGAUGUCCUCGAGCACAUCGACCUCGACCCUGCCAGCCGGCGCUUCCCCAAUCUGCGGACCGUGAUCAUCGAUGGCGGAGACACGCGCGCCUGUCGCACCAUGAGCCUCAUAGGCCUCGUCACCAUGCUCUCCGCCGCGACAAACCUCAGGUGCCUGGUCCUGUUUCAAGUCCGCGGCUUCGAACGCCACCCGGACCAAAGACAUCUCCUGCCGCCCUCGCUUCAGCAGGUGCGGGAGCUUGUCCUCGACGAGUUUAAUCUUUACAUUGACCCAACGAGGCAAAACUACCGCUCCCUCGAAAACCUCAUCCGCCUCUGUCCCGCGCUGCAGGCCUUUACGCUGCGCCCUUUGCCCUCGCGAGACGCAAGCUUGGCCAAGGGCCACCACCUGUCCCGAUCACGGCUGCUCGACAGCCUCCUGCCGGCCAGCGAGACCUUGACCAGCCUCACGAUUCGCCUCAGCCACGUCCGGGUCUCACGGUGGGAUUUUAUGCCGGGCCCGCAGCCCGCCAUGCUUCAGUUUCCUUGUCUCACCACCCUGGUCCUCGACGAGCAGUUCUUCUGCCGCCAUUGGCUACCGGCAAAGUUCGGGGGCUAUGCCGACGACCAGACAACGUGCCUCACGGAGCUCCUGCCGCAGACUAUGACUCUUCUCGGCAUCAGGCUACACCACAAGUUUCGAGCAUUGAACGACGUUUGCCACCUUGGUAAAGAAGUCGCCACGGGCAUGUUCCCGGCGCUGCAACGCGUCGAGAUCGAUGUCUUGAAUCACGUCAGAUCCAGACCUAAUAAUCCGGCCUGGGCCCGCAGGUUGGGGAAAAGACUGGAGGCAUAUCGCGAGAGCGCACGCCAAGCAUUCGAUGGGACGUCCGUUCAAGCGCACAUCAGAGAGGUGCUGACGCACUGA